AUGUCUUCUAAUAAAUAUAUCGAAUAAUCUCCAGAAGUCUUAAGUUAAAGAAGUUCAUUUAGACAUUCAUCAUUUAAUCAGAGUGUUCAAGAAUUCUCAUAGUAUAAGGAAAAAAUGCAGGAUCUUAUGUUGCCAAAUGUAGAAUUUAUAGAUCCAUAAGAUUUUAAGAAACAAAAUGAAUGUUUUGUUUGUGUCAUUGAAUUUACUUAGACAAAUAGACAGCAUCAUUGUAGAAUGUGUGGAAGUUCCUGUUGUGGAUAAUGCUCUCAAAAAACAAUCAACAAGAAUAGAGUUUGCGAUAUCUGUUAUAUGAAAGCCUCUUAAAUAACUGCUGAGAAAAAAAGGAACAAAUUUUUACAAUCUUUAAAGGAUUCUGCAAAAAAAUUGAAAAAACAUAUAGAAUAAGCGUAAAAAAAGAAAUAAGAGUUGUAGAAUGAACGAGAUGCUCAAUAAGACAAAUAAUAGAUCGACUUAAGAAUAUUAGAAAAGGAAACUGAGGACUAUAGAUUAAAGUAUUCCCAAAAAACUUAAGAUAAGUGUUAAUAUGAGCAAGAAGUUUAGGAAAUUAAAAAGAAAAUGUCAGAAUUAAAUGCUCUUAAAGAAUAGGUACAGUAGGAGUGCUAAGAAAAAGAGCAAGAAAUACGUGCUUAUGACACUAAUCUAUAUUUGAAGGAGCAAGAAUUAAAUGAUAAAAAGACUUAAUUGCAAAGAUUAAAAUAAUAAAAAGAGGAAUUAGAAAUUUUGUCAUAGAAAAUUGAGUAAAAUCCAGAUAUAGCAGAAGAAAUAAGCAUACCUGAAUCAGUUUAAAUAAUAUAACAAGAGAAACAUUAACAGUAAAUAUACAAUACUAAUAUUGACAUUGAUGAUAUUAUGUAUGGAAACACUGAUAAUAGUAAGGAAUCCUUAACCUUAAUCAAAUAAGAAUAUCCACAACAAUAGUAAAAAAAGUAAAGUUCUACAAAACCAAAUCCAUAGAAGUAGAAGGAUGAAGAGGAGGGGGAAGAACAGUAUAAAUGUGAUAUUUUUUGA